UCCAUAAUUCAUAAUUGGAAUUAUCUAGGAUUAUAUAUUAAUCCCAUAGAGGUGAAGGUGACAUGCUUAAUUAAGUGACUCGAUCUAUUCUUGCUAAAAAAAUUUAUUAAAAAAAUACAACUGAACAAGUAAACAUUAGCGUGGCAUUUAAUCACAAGUAAUAAGCUAAGUUAAUUAUAGCUUAAAACUAAAAACUCUCAAUUCACAAUUUUAAAAUUAUUGGCAAUGAAAAAGUAAUUCCCAAAAUCCCCAAUAUAUAGAAGGGUCCCCAUUCACAUUUCUCCCAAAACUAAUCAAAUUAUAACGAGUUUACGAUCAUGGCAGCUUCAAAUUCGAAAACCGUUACCUUAGUGAGCUCCGACGAGGAGUGCUUCGACAUCGCCGAGUCCGUGGCGGCGCAGUCGAUAACGCUCAGGAACACAAUCGAGGACUGCGACGGCCAGAUCCCGCUCUUCAACGUCACCGCUAGAGUCCUAAUCAAGGUAAUCGACUACCUCGAGAACCACGGCGGCGGCGGCGGCGAUGACGAGAAGAAGAAGAAGGACGACGAGUUGGUGAGCGGCGUCCCCGUGAAAUUGCUCUUGGAGUAUCUUAUGGCCGCCAACUAUCUCAACAUCGACGGCCUAAUUGAUCUCGUCUCGAAGAAGAUCGCCGAUUCGAUCGCAGCCUGCAAUUCGGUGGCGGAGAUGAGAAGCUUGAUCGGAACGGAGAGCGAUUUCUCGCCGGCGGAGGAGGCGAAUGUUGUGAUGGAGAACCAGUGGGCUUUUUUCAACGGUAAUUGAUCGCUUCUUCAUUUAGGGUUUUUAUUUUCUUUUAAUUUUUUUUUUGGGUGAUGAAAUGUUUUUGGAUUGGUGUAAAAUAGUUCAUGUUGAAGCAAUGUGUCGAGUUCGAAUCCGUCGUAAUUUUGUGUAAAAUAAUUCGGGUCGAAGCAAUGUGUCGAAUUCGAAUUCGAAUUCGAAUCUAUCGUAUAAAGAU